AAAACCUCCCGGGGGUAUCACAGUACCACGUCUGCAGAGGGAAGAAGAGAGGGGGUCAGGAUAGGCUGACGAGAGUCCAGCAGGCAGAGGACAGGAGGAGACAGAGAGCUUUUUAAUUUGUGUGGAAACAAAAGCCUGCUGCAACAUCUGGAGCAAAGCGCAGGCUGAACUCGGACAGCCCCGCAAGCCCCCUCUUUACUUCCUGCCUUCAGGAACGACAGCGAAGUUGAUAACCGUGAGCAAAGCAAAACAGAAAAGAAAAACAGGGAAAGAAUGCACAGACCGGAGAUUUAUCAGUUGAAAUAACGCGAGUUUGAAGUUGCAGAGAGGCGCGUUUUUAAUUUUUACUGUUACUAUUUUUCAGUUCGUCUCGCCAAGUCGUUGUUUUCUUCUUUCUAUCCGCAGACGAUGUUUUGACAAAAAAAAAAAGAGAGAAAAGAAAAGAAAAACAGGGGAAAGAUUGUGCAGACGUGUACAGGGACAUCUGCCAAAGUUAGGUAUCUGUUUCUUUCUUCUUUUUUUUUUUGUGGGUGAAGCAAUGAUGCCCGAGGUGAGAUCGGUGGUCCGGCUGCUGCUGGUGGCAGUGGUCUGGGAACUGAGAGCGCAUGGAGCGACGCAGCGGCAGAUCAACCCGGAGUCAUGGCUGCAGCAGUAUGGCUACCUUCCCCCAGGAGAUCUGAGGACCCACUCUCUUCGCUCCCCUCAAUCCGUCUCCUCAGCCAUCGCCACAAUGCAGAGGUUCUACGGCCUCACAGUAACCGGUGCCAUCGACGAGAAAACGAUUGCGGCCAUGACGCGACCGCGCUGUGGGGUGCCAGAUAAGUUUGGAGCUGAGCUGAAGAGCAACUUGAGGAGGAAGCGCUACGCCAUCCAGAACCUGAAGUGGCAGAAGAACCGCAUCACUUUUUCCAUCCAGAACUACACCCCGAAGGCGGGCGAGUACGAGACCUACGAGGCCAUCAGGAAGGCCUUCAAGGUGUGGGAGAGCGUCACCCCGCUCCGCUUCCAGGAAAUCCCCUACAGCCACAUACGGGACAAAGUUGAGGAGUUUGCCGACAUAAUGCUCUACUUUGCGGAGGGUUUCCACGGCGACAGCAGUCCUUUCGACGGCGAGGGGGGCUUCCUGGCCCACGCCUACUUUCCUGGCAACGGCAUCGGAGGAGACACUCACUUUGAUGCAGCCGAGCCGUGGACGACUGGAAACCAGGAUCUGUACGGGAAUGACGUCUUCCUCGUGGCGGUGCACGAACUGGGCCAUGCUCUGGGUCUUGAGCACUCCAACGACCCGUCGGCCAUCAUGGCUCCGUUCUACCAGUGGAUGGACACGGACAACUUCCAGCUUCCUGAUGAUGACCGCAGGGGCAUACAGCAACUUUACGGGUCUGGAUCAGGUCCGCCACCCCCUCCCUUCACACCGCACCCACCUGACCACGACCCUCAGCCCACCUACUCGCCGGACAGACCUCACUAUGGUCCCGACAUCUGCGAUGGACACUUUGACACCAUCGGGAUCUUUAGAGGAGAAAUGUUUGUCUUCAAGGACAAAUGGUUCUGGCGAGUACGCAACAGCCGCGUGUUGGAUGGAUACCCCAUGCCCAUUGGUCACUUUUGGAGAGGAUUACCCACUCAAGUGAAUUCUGCUUUUGAAAAUGAGGAGGGGAAAUUUGUUUUCUUCAAAGGGGACAAGUAUUGGGUGUUUAGCGAAUCUAUUCUUGACUCUGGUUACCCCAAGUAUCUGAAGGAAAUGGGCUCUGGACUUCCCAAGGAUCGGAUAGAUGCUGCUCUCUUCUACACCCCCAACGGACAGACAUUUUUCUUCCGAGCUAACAAGUAUUACCGUUUCAAUGAAGACUCAAGAAGAGUUGAAGACGGUUACCCCAAAUCUAUCGAUAUGUGGCAGGGCGUUCCAGAGAACAUCAAGGCAGCCUUUAUGAGUAAAGAUCAAGCGUAUACCUACUUCUACAAAGCCAACAAGUACUGGAAAUAUGACAAUCAGAGGAUGCGCGUUGAGCCUGGAUACCCCAAAUCAGCGCUCCGUGACUGGAUGGGCUGCCCCAACGAGGAUUCCAAGACAGACAGUGGGAGAGGCGGCGGCGGCCACGAUAAAGACAAAGAGAAGGAAAGGGAAAAGGAAAAGGAAAAGGGACGAGAGGAUAAGGACAGAACUAGAGCUAAAGACAGGGAAACGGAGAAUGAGACAGAGACAGAGGAAGAGGUGGAUGUGACCAUUAUCGAGACGAACCAGGGGAACGGAGCAGUGGCUGUGGUGUUGCCACUGUUCCUACUGGUCUGUGUGAUUGCCACAUUGGCAGCCUUGGUGUUUUUCCGUAUGUACGGCACUCCACGCCGAAUCCUGUACUUCCAAAGAUCUCUACUAGACAAGGUGUAGGUGGGGGAAGAGCAGAAGGAGCUAGGGAAGAGGGGAAUAGGACAAAAUGGGAGCAAAAGUUCAACAGAUAGCCAAUCGGGAGAGAAAGAGCCGAAGGAAUAGUGCGAGACUUUUAUUUUCAAAUAAUCCUACCACUGCCUACUUCAUCCAUCUCUUAUCUCUUAACCACUGUGUUUUCCUCUCCUUUUCUCUCCUUCCCGCCCUCCUGUGGUAACUGACGCCAGCUUGUUGCUGUUUGUUUUAGCCAUUUUCAAUGUCUUGUAGUUGUUGCCAAUGGUAUGGUGUGUGUUCUCGUGAAUUUCCAGUUUGAACCUGCAUUUCCACAACGCAGAGUGAAGCAUGUUUUCUUUGCAUGAGAACCCACCUCCAACCAGUCCUUCUCUCCUCUUGUUAAGCUUGAACAUACUCACUAAAAAACACACACACACACACACACACACACACACACACACACACACACACACACACACACACACACACACACACACACACACACACACACACACACACUUGAAAGCCACAUUCAAAUAGUUGCUGUAUUUCUUAGUCUUCCAUUCAAACAACAUGUUGGAGCCAGUUUGGACCAUAAAAGGGAAACAAAGCAUCUGCUUCCGUCCUCAUAAAACAUGACACACACUCACGAGUUCAGUCAUUCACAACAGCUGAUUUGGUAUCUUUAUGUUCAGUGACUAAUUUUGUCGAGAAUGAUGUUGUCAUUAGCAUUAUGACUGUUACUAUUAUUGUUGAAUGUUUUUGUUUUACUUUUUUUUUGUAAAUUGACAUUAAAACGUCCUGCUGGACAGAGACAUACACUUUGGAAAGUGGCCUUAAUUUUAUACAUGUGGGGACAGUGAACAGGGGAACGGGGCUAUGUAUGCUUGAAACUUGAUUGUUUUUUUUUUUUUUAAAUAUACAUUGACUCUAUCUCAAAUGAAAAUAAAUUGAAGAUUUAAGAAAAAAAUGACUCCUUUUUUUGUCAUUGUACUUGAACAGUUUUUAUUUUUUAAUUAUGGUGCUACAUUCCUAGUCAGGGGGUAAAAGUAGUUCAACGGUGACAAUAAUAGUAGUGAUUAUGAUUAUAAUGACAACUAUUUGGUUUUAACAAGACUGUGUGUACUUCCUCUUUUCCCUUUUUCUCUUACACGAAUAAAGUAAUUUUAAAAGGCUUUCUGUGCUUUAAUUUUCACUCAGUAAAUUUCCCUUUUUUAAACGCUUACUCAUAAUCCAGCUCUCACCUGGGCGCUCCAGCUGAAUCACUUGUGCCGAUCGCGUCUCUUUUCCAUCUGGUCUUCCCCACUCUCCCUGGACCUCCAGGUUUCUUGUUCCCCGACCGCACCACUGCAAUACUGGGGCUCAGGAACUGGCAGGAACUUUAACUGGGUUGGAAAAUGCCGAGCGGAUCCAAAUCUUAAGUAGAAACAGGGAUGAGGACGAUUGUAUAAACCUUGUUGCUGCACAGCAGAAAAAACAUAUCAAAACUAUACAAUUAGAGAUACAAAAAGAGAGAGAGAGUCUGUGUGUGUCCUUGCCUUUCCAUGCUUUUGGGGACCGUGCGUGGAAUGCAAGCACAAGAUAACGAGGACGCUGAAAAGACGGAGGACUUUGUUUUCUAUGUGACUUAACGUUUGAAUCCAGAGUUUAAAAAUCAGUCAAAAGUUUGUCUAUUUUUAAUAAAUCAGUGAUUAUAUAUAGAAAAUAAAAAAGACAGCAAUACA